UUACUUUAAAAGUUGGUCAAUCAUAAAAUUGGAGGUCAAAAAUUCAAUUUGUCUAGCUCACAGGAAUUCAGACAAAAAAAGGCCAAGACAGAAUUAAAGCGUAAAAAAAUAAGAAGUCAAAAAUACGCUAGAGAAAUUUCACGCCUCCUAAAAUCAUCAGAUCAAACAAAGAACACAUGAUAAAUUGAGAAUCAAACAAAGCAGAAUUCUUGAGUUUGAAACAAAAAUCAAUUCGUUUCCAUCUUUAUUCUUCAAUCACCCUUUUUCUUCCAAUUCAAACCAACAUACAAUUGCAUGGUGUAAUAAUCUUACAUGUCACAAGUUGGUAAAAGAAAACAAAAAAAACCCAGGUAAUUCUAAGGCAUGAACAGAAAAUUCCUUCACGUCCAACCUUCUGAGCUCAAAUUCCCAUUUCAAUUAAACAAGUUGAGCACAUGUUGGUUGGAAUUAACCAGCAAAAUUGAUCAAAAUGUUGCAUUCAAGGUUAAAACAACACAUCCCAAAAAAUAUUGUGUUCGUCCUAAUGUGGGUAUGAUCUCUCCUGGUUCAACUUGUGUUGUUAAAGUUAGUAUGCAAGCUCAAAAGGAUUUUCCUGUUCCUUUGCCAAAAGACAAGUUUCUAGUUCAAAGUAUGAUAGCUCCAGUUGGGUUGAAUGCUGAAGAUAUAACCUCUGAAAUGUUCAGAAAAGAGACAGGCAAUGAUGUUGAGGAACUAAAGUUGAGGGUAGUAUUUGUUACUGCGGAUCCGCCAUCGCCUAUCCCUGAAGUUUCAGAAGAAGAGUAUUCUCCUGAAGCACCCGAAUCAGAGACAUUGGAUCGCAGAAAUCACAUAAUGGCGUUGUUUGAUUCUGCAACAACAACCGCAGGUGAGUUCCAAGAUUUUUUCUUCAAGGAACAACACAGUGAUGGAGAGGAGGAAGAGCAAAUGUUUGAGGCAUCAGAAUCUACAUUUGAACCUGAAAGGCAGCUUUCUCAGGACUGGGAUAGGGUUUCCAAGCUGAUAGAAGAACGAACAUUCCUGAUGCUAGAAAAUCACGAGCUGCAGUGUGAAGUGGAAAUGAUAAGGAAACAAAUCUACAGGAGUACUAGCCAUGGUAAUAGUGCAACUCGACUGGCGCUUUUAGCUUCUUUCUUCGGCUUAGUGGUUGGGUAUGUGAUUAGUUAGUCUUGUGCAGUUCCGUAGGAUUUUUUGUGAUCACCAGUUAGUAACACAAGUGACGAUGUGCUGACUUAUUUGUCUCG